CACAACUGAAAGCAGCACCACCACAACUGAAAGCACCACCACCACAGACAAGCCGGGAAUGUCACCGUCCUCCACUGCCAACUCAGCGACAGGGAACCCCCUCACAACUCUGGGCACCUCGCCUGUCUCCACCUCAGCCCCCACAUCUGUGCAGGACAGCUCCUCACAGGGCCCUGCUGCCCCCAAAACCACCCCUGCUGCAAGCUCCACUACUGCCCAGCAGCCCAGCAGCACAGCAGCCAUUUCGGGAAGUUUGGGGUCCACAGCUGCUGCACAACCCAUUGUCACUAGUACAACCAGUCCUCCAGGAGCUGUAGGGGCUGUUGGCACAUCCUCUCCUGGCUCACAGUCUUUGGAUCAUGUGCCUAACACCACUGUGAGCACCACAGAGCUGAGAACUGACCCUCCCCAAAGCUCCAAGGAGUGUGUUGGCCCUCUUCCCCAAUGUCCCACCAAGCAGAGUCCUUCUACCAGUUCUUCAGUCCAGGGACCAACCCCUUCCAGCACUUCUGGAAGCACCAGCACUUCUGUUAUCCCUCUGUCUGGAUCCCCAUCUGUCACCACCACUCCAAUGUCACAACCUGGCAGCAAAGACACGGUCCCAAAGGCAUCCACCACCACAGCUCCUGGGGCAGACCAGAGUACCCACGACGCUGGAUCAGCCAAAUCCACCAGUGCCUCCCAGAGCCCUGACAGUGUCCAGCCACUGGGUCCAGCCUCAGGGGACCAGACAGACCACACAGAGAGCUGCAGUUCUGGCCAGCAGCAGCCCAACAUUUCUCUCUCAAAUGAGCUCAUCUGUAAAGACCAGGUGCAGCAUACUACGCCCAUCAUUCACCUGAAAGAACCCAGAACCUGUGAUGAGUGGAGGACUGCCAGCAAAAACAUCUCCUUCUUUGAGAGCUUCUGCUCCACGGCCCAGCGUGUGUUUGAUGCCAGCAGGGACUUGUGCACGGUGACGCUGAUGGCCUGCAAGCCCAGCUCCCACCACUGGGCCGUGCGGGUGGUCCUGCACUUUCCCUUGGACUCUGAAGAAGUCCUCACGGAUCUGAAGGAGAAGAAAGACAAGCUGGAGGAGCUUGGCAUUGUCAACAUCACCUCGGACAAAAUGGUGGAGGACAUGACCAUCAACGACGAGUUCAGCACCCCCCUGAUCAUCACCAUCAUCACCCUGGCUGGCUCCCUGCUGCUCAUCGCCGCCAUCUACGGCUGCCACCAGCGCUUCUCACAAAAGAAGGACCAGAACAUCCACCCUGAUGUCCCCGGGUUUGAUGAUGGACAUGUGGCCCUGAUCUUUAAUCAGCGCCUGACCGAGGAGAUGCAGACCAUGGAGAACGGCUACCACGACAACCCCACGCUGGAGGUGAUGGAGACCUCCUCAGAAAUGCAGGAGAAGAAGGUGAACCUCAACGGUGAGCUGGGGGACAGCUGGAUCGUUCCUCUGGACACCCUCAUGAAGGAGGACCUUGAGGAAGAAGAGGACACACAUUUAUAGGAUGCAGAACUUGAUCAAGAAAAAAACAACCACCUCCCAAAAAAACCCUAUAAACCCUACACACAUGCACACAGAGC